UUGGCUAACUUUAACAGUGGUAAAUACGGAGCGACGUCGCCAUGCUUGCUAGGAAGACUUCACACUUGAAGCCAAACGAUAGAGAUAAAUAUUCUGUGUUAUUGCCCACCUAUAACGAAAGGGAAAACCUCCCUUUGAUUGUGUGGCUUUUGGUGAAAUAUUUCGAUGAAAGUGGUUACAAGUACGAGAUUAUCGUCAUUGACGACGGAAGCCCCGAUGGGACAUUGGAAGUGGCCGAACAGCUCCAAACGAUAUAUGGAAAGGACAAAAUACUUCUCCGGCCACGAGCAACGAAGUUAGGCCUGGGCACCGCUUACAUCCACGGCAUGAAGCACGCCACAGGAAAUUUCAUCUUCAUCAUGGAUGCUGAUCUCUCUCAUCAUCCCAAAUUCAUCCCAGAAUUUAUUGAGAAGCAGAAGGAAGGCGAUUAUGAUUUGGUGUCGGGUACUCGCUACCGAGGCAACGGUGGCGUCUAUGGGUGGGACCUGCGUAGGAAACUCAUCAGUCGGGGCGCCAAUUUUCUGACUCAAGUGCUGUUGCGGCCUGGUGCUUCAGACCUCACAGGCAGCUUCAGACUGUACAAGAAGAAAGUCCUUGAGAGUCUGGUUGAGCGUUGCGUGUCCAAAGGUUACGUCUUUCAAAUGGAAAUGGUUGUCCGAGCCAGGCAGCUCAAUUACACCGUUGGAGAGGUUCCCAUUUCCUUUGUGGAUCGAGUCUAUGGCGAGUCCAAACUGGGAAGGAACGAGAUUGUGUCAUUUGUGAAAGGCCUCCUCAUACUAUUCGUCACUACAUGAUCACUCCAUAUGCGGCAUACUGUAUAUACAUGGCCUGCUAGAGCUUUAUAUUGAGGACUUUAUAUAAAUUGAAUUGACCCUGAUGGGGGGGAAUUCCACACCUUUGGUUUAAGCAAAUGAUGAGAGAGCGCACCCUCCUGUUCGAAAUAAAUGGAUUAUCGGAAUAAUGGAGGCCAGUUUGUGUUGUACAUUACCUUCCUUGUCUUCAAUGGACUUUGCACAAAGAGUGUAUGCUGUCUCAUCAUGCCCGACUGUAGACAAUUGUGAUACAGGAUUUCACAAUACAUGCACCAUCAACGAUUUGAGUAAAAGAGCAAUUAUGUUAAAUGUCCAUGUUUUAGAAAUACAAGGAUUAUUUCUAAGACGCUAAUAAGUUGUGUUUGAGUCUAAUUGUGCCCGAUGUGCUGUCUCAAUGUCUUGUUCCAGAUGGCUUGGAGUAGUCGUACAGUGUUCCCCCACUAAAUAAAAAAAAAAAUAAAUAAAUCGCGAUCAUUUUUCAUGGGUUUUACAGUAUACUUACUGGUAUGCCAUUGCAUAUGGGAACGGAGAGCCACAGUUGCCUGUGCACUUUUCAACCAUUUAUUGAACGACGGUAAAACGCGCACAUGCAGGAGGAUAUAGGAGAUGCUGUCAGCCACAGCCCAGACACACAAAGACUCGCCAAUGUAACAUGCCCACCUGACCAGGCCCCGCCUCUUAAAGGCACUUUCAUGUAUAUAGCGUAGACACCACUAACAACAAUUGCAAUAUUUGUGUUAAAUAUAUUAUAGAAGUUAUCAUUUAUUUGCUUAGCUUGCAUUAGUAUGAUGGACAAUUUUAGAUGUUUCGCCUUCAAAAAGAAGACUCAGCAUCAUCCAUGGAAGGACGCUUGGACCAAGGACGUGAUCGGAUGUGGUCGGGUCGUGACAGGUGUUGAUCCAAUAUUAUGUGUUGUGUCUUAUUGCUUAGAAUACUAUGUCUGGGGAAAAACCCUCUUAUUAUCAAAUAUUUUGUGUUGUGUCUUAUUACUUAGAAUAAUAUCAAAUAUUAUGUGUUGUGUCUUAUUGCUUAAAAUACUAUGUCUGGGAAAAAACCCUCUUAUUAUCAAAUAUUCUGUGUUGUGUCUUAUUGCUUAGAACAUUAUGAUUGUAAAUCCCUCCUAUUUCAAAUAAAUGCAGGAGCGAGGGGGGGGGAUUGUUUAGAGCGUGUUGAGAGACUGUGAUCUGAACAAUCUCCCAUACGCCCUCCUCAUGAGAAAAAGUAACAAGCGUCUUCAUUCCUUUUGUGUCUAUUAUAAUGUUGGGUAAGAUUAAUCUAACAUAAAUUGGUCCUUCGAGCCGGAUGUCAACACACCCGAAGAUUCCAGUUGUGGAGCUGACAUCCAGUUAAGAGACCGUGGCCACGGCAUUUGAGACCCUUUCCGGGACUGGUCUUCGGACUUCUCAACUGGGAUCUGGAGGUUGACGACAAUCCAAGGAUUGAAGACGACUUUGGUGAGUUAAAUUUUAAAAAAAAUUUUUAGGAAAAAGGAAUAAAAGAGUGAAUGAAUUGCGCGACGAAGAAGUCUGCGGCAGAAUAAACCUUGUGUAAUACUAGUCCCUGGCAAGUUAGAUGGAGGACGGAAUCCGAUAAAAUCCGUGGGGACGGCGGAGUCCUGUACGUACUUAAAUUCCGUAUUUCUGUAUUUCUGUAUUUCUGUGUUUCCGUGUUUUCGUGUGUUUAUAAAAACGUUAUUAAUAACGUGUGUAUGUGUAAAAGUAUGAAUUUAUAAGACAGGAUUGUAAGUGACAACUGAGUUUGGAAGCAAAGGCAAGAAUUCUCCGCCCCAAUUAGGGUAGAAGCUUGAGAAUUACCAAAACUCAGACAUUAAUUGUCACCCUGUCAUUUUUGAAUAAAGUCAGUAUUUAGGUCACUCUAGGUGCAAAUGAACUGACUUCCAAAUUCACAAAAAUGGGAAAUAACAACAAUAAACCGGAUCCAAAAAUAGGCCUAACAUGUAAAGAUUGGAAAUAUGUUCAACUCCAAAACCCUUCCAAAAUAGAACAUUUAAACACGUGGAUAACCAAAUACGGUUUCGCUGGCCAGCUAAAUUCGCAAAAAAUAGUGAAACUUCAAAACGAAAUAAAGUGUCGACACAAAAAUGAUAUAUCACAAAUACAAAAAGAUGGAUUUGACGACUUACUCUUCUGGUUAAA